CCAGAGCACAAAGCAGUGGAGAAUGACUGUUUCUCUCACACACAACUCGUCAGUCCUGUCCCUAAGGGUCAAAGUGUCAGCCAAGGCCUGUGCUUGGAGAGCAGAGCGCUGCUCCUCCGGAAGAAGCGGCGGCGGCGAGUAGCGCGAGGUUGCAUUGGCCCCGCCUCCAGCCCCUGCAGGCAGAAGAAGUCCAAAAUGGCGCUGCGUUGGGGUAUCGUGUCGGCUGGCUUAAUUGCCAGCGACUUUACCACCGUGCUGAGCUCACUGCCUCCCUCGGAGCACCAGGUGGUAGCGGUAGCUGCAAGGGACCUGAACCGGGCGGAGGAGUUUGCACAGAAAUACAACAUCCCUAAGGCCUAUGGCUCCUAUGAGGAACUGGCCAAGGACCCAAAUGUGGAGGUGGCCUACAUCGCCACCCAGCACCCCCAGCAUAAGCCAGCGGUACUCCUCUGCCUGGCAGCAGGCAAGGCUGUUCUUUGUGAGAAACCCAUGGGCGUGAACACAGCAGAAGUUCGGGAGAUGGUUGCCAAAGCCCGUACUCAGGACAUCUUCCUUAUGGAGGCCAUUUGGAGCCGGUUUUUUCCUGCUAUGGAGGCUCUGCAGGAAGUUUUGGUCCAAGGAACUAUCGGAGACCUACGAGUGGCCCGGGCAGAAUUCGGAAGGGAUUUAAGCUCUGUACCCCGGGCCACAGACUGGAACCAGGCCGGCGGUAGUCUGCUGGACCUAGGCAUCUACUGUGUCCAGUUCUUCUCCAUGGUCUUUGGUGCUCAGAAACCAGAGAAGAUUUCAGCUGUGGGGAGGAUUCAUGAAACAGGAGUGGACGACACGGUCAGCGUACUACUUCAGUACCCGGGAGGGCUUCACGGCAGCUUCACCUGCAGCAUCUCCUCCGACCUCCCCAACACAGCGUACGUGAAUGGUACCAAGGGCAUGGCCCAGAUUGACAAACUAUGGUGCCCGACAGAGCUGGUGGUGAAUGGAGAGCGUAAGGAGUUCCCUCCGCCUGUCCUUGGGAAAGAGUACAAUUUUUUAAAUGGGUCAUGCAUGCUCUAUGAAGCCAACCACAUCCGUGAGUGCCUGCGGAAAGGUCUUAAGGAAAGUCCUGUAGUUCCUCUGGCAGAGAGUGAGCUCUUGGCUGAAAUCCUUGAGGAGGUGAGGAAGGCUAUCGGAGUCACCUUCCCCCAGGAUAAAUGCUGAUGCAGCUCCUGGGACGGAUAUGGCAAGCAAUCGUUCUUCCUACUUGGAGCUCGCUAAGCUGACCCUCAUUGCUUUGGAGUGAUGAUGAUGAUGAUGAUGAUGAUGGUGGUGAUGAUGAUGAUGAUGAUGAUUUGCAGAGCAGCCCCUGUUCUCAUGUUGGAGACCACUCCCUUUCUGGGUGUGGAAGGCCAGCUUUGUUGAGUCAGGUCUGAAGAGGAACCGUGGAGUCAGUGGACUACAUAGGCACAGGAGGCUUCUUUUUAAGCCAAACAGGUUCUCUCUUUACUUUAGGAGGACACACACACACACACACACACACACACACACACACACACACACUGACAUGAUGGAUGAAGCAAGGCUCCAACAACUCUAUUUUUUCCUCCAUAUUCCCCAGCAAACUCAUUGAAAAAAAGUUUAGAAAUUACAAUGUGGUUACAUUCUAUCUUUAAGUGAAUGAAUAAAUUAAGUACAAUGAGUUUAAGUAAAAACAACAACAAAGCCCAGCGGGUCCCCAAUACCCUUACAUGAUUGAACUACAUAUAGUAUAUAAUACAGGUAGAGAGCAGAUUAUUAAUUUUUUUUUUUCAGAGCUGGGGACCGAACCCAGGGC